GCUUUCUCUUUCUCCGACCCCGCCGCCUCCUCCUCCUCCUCCUCCUCCUCCUCCUCCUCGCCACCAUGGGGAAGUCAUUCGCUAACUUCAUGUGCAAGAAGGACUUUCAUCCCGCCUCUAAGUCCAAUAUUAAAAAGGUAUGGAUGGCAGAACAGAAAAUAUCUUAUGACAGAAAGAAACAAGAAGAAUUAAUGCAGCAAUAUCUUAAGGAGCAAGAAUCUUAUGAUAACAGAUUGCUCAUGGGAGAUGAACGUGUCAAGAAUGGUCUAAAUUUUAUGUAUGAAGCGCCACCUGGAGCAAAGAAAGAAACCAAAGAGCAGGAGGGAGAAACUGAUUACAAAUUUGAAUGGCAGAAGGUAGCUCCACGUGAAAAAUAUGCUAAAGAUGACAUGAACAUUAGAGACCAGCCGUUUGGCAUCCAGGUGAGGAAUGUGAGAUGCAUUAAAUGUCACAAGUGGGGCCACGUCAACACAGACCGGGAAUGUCCUUUAUUUGGCCUUUCUGGAAUUAAUGCAAGCUCCGUUUCUAGCGAUGGCUCAGGGCCAUCGAUGCACCCCUCAGAGCUAAUAGCGGAGAUGAGAAACAGUGGGUUUGCGCUGAAACAAAAUGUACUGGGGAGAAACUUGACCGCAAAUGAUCCAUCCCAGGAAUACGUUGCAAGCGAGGCAGAAGAUGACCCAGAAGUAGAAUUUCUGAAAUCCUUGACAACGAAGCAAAAACAAAAACUUUUGAGAAAACUAGAUCGCCUGGAGAAGAAGAAGACAAAAAAGAAGAAGAAAGACAAAAAGAAGAAAAAGCAGCAGAAGCGAAAAAGCAAAAGUAAACACAGAAAACGUAAGAGCUGCAGACCCUCUUCCACAUCCUCCAGCGAGUCUUCAGCAAGCAGCAGCGACAGUGAGAGCAGCAGCAAAGACAAAGCCCCUGGCAGAAAAAUAGCUUCUCAGAAGAAGAAAAGGAGAAGCCGGUUUUCCGAGAGCGACAGCAGUGAUUCUGAUGAUGAUGAGAAGGGGAAGGAAAAACUUUACAAAGAUCCCUCCGGCAGCCAUGAUAACAAGGACAAAGAUAGAGAGAAGUCUCGGCUUUUAAAGGAAGAUCAUUCUUGGGAGAACAACAAAUGGGGCUCCAGGGAGAGCAAAAGAAAUCCCGCAGGCAGAAAGGAAAACUCAGAGGGGAGAAAAGAAUCGGAACGACCCGGACAUGCAAGCAGGAGCCACAGCAAGGGGGAGAGGAGCAGGCAAAGCUCUGAUUCAAGGCAGCGGGCGGAACGAGACAAGAGUAAGGAAGUAAAAAGCCACAGUUCAGAGGUAAGCAGAGAGCAAAGGAAGCGUAAAGAGAGACACCCUGAUGAAUACAGCAAGAAGGAGCACCGAGAAAGAAGCAAAGAGAGGAGAAAAUAGAGGAAAUGGGUGACGCGUGCAUUUUUUUCCCCUUUCUUCCCCCGCCCCCAACAUCUCUUGGGAAGGGCUCCAGUUGUGCUCUUCUACGUCUCAGUAAAUCUCAGCUUCACACUUCAAACAUUCUUAUAUACUUAGUUUGUAUCUAUCAUGUAAGAAGUAAAUAAAUACAAACCAGUUUUUCCGUUGGAGUUAUUUAAUUUGGAGGUGGAGGGGAGUGGGAAGAAAAGUUAUUUGGGUACAUCUAGCUUUCUUUUGCCGUUGAUAUUAGUGUGCAGUACUGGAGUUUCAACAAUAGCAUGUUUCUUUCUUUAGAUAAUAUAUCUAGACAAGCCUUUCAAGAAACAAAAGAAGCUGUUCCAGAGACAUGGAAUUAUUUUGUUGGCAUUUAAUGUGAUUUGGAAUAAAAUUCCUGUUAAGAGGCGUAAAAACUGGAUUAUUUUGAUCUGAACUUUUAGUUUCCUUUUUGAGGAUGGUUUCCUAAGUUAAAGCAACAGAGGAGCGUUGUUCAACAUAGGCCAAUGUGUUUUGUUCUUGUGCAAGUGUAUUUUCAUCACAACCAUUUAAAUGUGUGAACUCCCAUUGGUAUCACAGGGUCAGUUAUUUUGCAGCACUUGAGAAAAAUAUAUUUUGUGUUAAGAAUUUCUAAGUGUUUUGUGCUACAGAAAGAUAACGUCCAUUCCAGCCCUGUCUUAUUAAACUGCAGAUCAUUAUUGUUAAGAUUUGAAAGAUGUGGUAGACCUCAUUAGUGGGACACCAAGCAAUUUUGCAGUCCUGCUAUAGUUUAAAUCUUCUUCAUUAAUGCUUGUUUUUCUGUACUGUUUUUGCAUCACCAUGCUGAGAUUUUUGCAUAAAAACGAAAUGUGACUCACUUUGCAAAGCUGAGCUUUGAUGUAUGUUACAUCUUUGCCUUUUAUCAUAAGUUUUAUAAUAAAACUUACACAAUUAAA